AUGGUUGCCGUCUCAACUGCCUCUAGCCUUUUUGUAGCCAUCGUUCCCACGAAGGUUGUCGUCAACAUCAAAAACACCCGUUUAGCAAGUUCCAGCCAACAUCAAUACCACAUGCAGGAAACAAAAAAAAUCGAGGAGCUAGAGAGGCGACUUCGUGAGGCGGAAGAACGCAUUGCAAGCGAAAAGCAACGCGCCGAAAAGGAACAGCAACGCGCCGAAAAGGAACAGCAACGCGCCGAAAAGGAACAGCAACGCGCCGAAAAGGAACAGCAACGUGCCGAAGAAGCAGAACGAGAGCGUCAACAAGAGCGAGAUCGUGCCGAGAAGGAGCAGCAACGCGCCGAGAAGGAGCAGCAACGCGCCGAAGAAGCAGAGGAACAGACCCGACCGACCACAUUCGACGAGUACAUCGCUGCUUGUCAUCGCCAUGUCUUUUCCCAGUUCACGGUGGAAAGAGACCGCAGGCUUACGUCAAGGGGUUCUAUCACCAACCCCCGAAAUAAGCUAUGCCCUACUAGUCUUGAGCCUUGGCCACGCUUCCUGGAACUGCAGGGGAGCGUUUUCGAUACUCUCUACGAAUGUCUGCCCGUCGACAUUCGUGUCUUCGAGAGCCAAAACUUCCUAGCCGGUCUAGGAAGGAGAGUGGCGCAGCGAUCGAUAGCAGAUGAGAAGACGCUGGAAUACUUCAUGCAUAAUAGUGUCGAAGAUCCUGUCAGAGUCAUCAUGGAGCAACUCAGGCAGAUUGACGAGGUGUGCGACGCAUUCGACAUGGGAAACGGGAUCGUCUUCGAGAACCACCCUCACGCCAUCAGCGACGUCGCCGAGGAAGUAGUCGCCCGGGAGAACCCGUCAACACCGCCGCAAGCACCAGACCACCGACGAGAUCUUCAUCAGCUACGGCCCGACCAAAUCUGCAUUUAUCGGUCAGGUGAUGACCCAUCCCCGGAGAAGCGGACGAUGAUCUACGUGUCCGAGUAUAAGGCACCCCAUAAGCUCACAGCUCCGCACCUCCGCGCCGGACUACGGCCGAUGAAUAUCUACAAGGAAGUCGUCAAUCGGAAGACGAUCCCGCCAUCUGUGGACCCGGACGGCCGUUUUGAAUAUCACGCCGAGAGACUGACGGCGUCUGCCCUCACACAAACGUAUCACUACAUGAUCGAAGGCGGUCUCGAGUACGGGUUGCUGACAACUGGCGAGGCGACCGUCUUUCUCAAGGUGGACUGGGCCGAGCCUGAGACGUUGUAUUAUCACCUGGCAGAGCCCGGGCCGGAGGUGUUGGCUCAUCCAGAGCAUAUGCAGUCUAGCUCCGCGGUGGGGCAGUAUCUCACGUUCAGCCUGAUGGCGCUAGGUAGACCGGGCGGACGGGUGGAACAUGGGCAGGAUGAGCGUGAUCGGGCGACGGCGAAUCUCAACAGGGGAGGAGACGCCGUCGAGGUAGAAGAGGCGACGAGCGCGACACAAUUGCGACUAGACGAGAUCAGUCGGAAUCAUCGGACGACGAGUCGGGAUAUCGGCCUCCGGAUACGCCGAGCCCCUCUGAGCGGCAAGGAGGACGUGGACAACGCGGACAACGUGGACGAGGCGAUGCAAAUGUGCCUCGACGAAGUCAACGAAUCCUGGCACGCCGACCCCGCCAAGGGACUGAUGAGGAAGUGGAACGGCGGUACUGCACCCAAGCAUGCCUCCUUGGACUGGGUGACCCUUCUGUCGUACGGCUACACGUUUGUGUGCAAGGGCACAGUGCAGGCCUUCAUCCGGGACCUUGAGCAUGAAGCAGCAGUCUACAAGCGCCUAGAGCGGGUUCAGGGCGUCAACGUACCCGUCUUUCUCGGAGCCGUAGACCUUCGGCCGCUGAAGAGGACCUACUACUACGACCAUCGGGUUUACGUCGUGCACAUGACGUUUCUUUCAUGGGGAGGAGACGUGAUUGACGAGGCCAAGAUCGCAGCCAGCACGAGAAGAAUCCUCGAGGCCAAGGCGCUUGCAUCCCUGCGGGCGAUACAUGAGGAAGGUGUGGUACACAAAGACGUGCGAAGCGCCAACAUGCUGGUCAACAAAGAGACGGACGGUGUGAUGAUGAUCGACUUUGAGCGUGCUAUGUUGCUUGAACUAGUUCAGGGAAGGGCAGAGCAUGCAAGCGGCGAGGUGCGGGAAGUUGUGGAUUCGCAGAGGAUACUCUGA